UCUUCAUCUUCUUCCUUCUUUCGCCUUCUGCUUCGUCUAAAGCUUUCUCUCCAUUAAAGCUUUUCUUUGUUCCUUACUUUCACAGAGAUCGAUAUAUAUAUUCUCUAUAUACCUGAGGAAAUCUCCUGAAUGGUUUGAGCCAACCAGCUUUAGUUGUUUGAAUUUGGACAUAACAAAUCUCAAUCCAAGUUAAUCUAUAUCAGGAGUAUAAAGCCUAAGCUUAUAGGUGUCAAACUCAAUUGUUAGCCUCCUCAAUUUGAUGAUAAUAUUUUGGAAACAAUGGGAUGAGCUAAUACCUUUUAGGAUUGGAGGAGGUUUUUUCACAGACUCAAUCCAUUAUUAUCAAUCAUUUUGAGUUUGACGAAUGGGGUUAGUUCAAAUAAAUGAUGUUGAGGGUUCUAUGAUUCCAAAACGACUAGUAGAACUUAAUCAGCAUAUGCAAGAUGAACAAAAAGUUAGAGGUGGUAUUACUGGGGAGGGUCAAGAUUUAUCUAUGGAGGACGAGUCACGGGUCAAUGAAAAUAAUAUUAAUGGAGAUGAAAAUAACAAUAGACAAAUGGAGGUUAUUGAGAUUCAAAAUCACAACAUCAAUAAUCAAGUACGUGCUGUAAAAAAGAGCAAUAAACAACAAAUCCAGGGGCCUUUGGUUCGUUGGGAGAGGUUUUUGCCUGUGAGAUCAUUGAAGGUUUUAUUGGUUGAGAAUGAUGAUUCAACACGCCAUGUUGUCUGUGCUUUACUUCGCAAUUGUGGAUAUGAAGUUGAAGCAGUUGUAGAUGGUCAACAAGCUUGGAGAAUUCUUGAAGGUCUUGCUACUAAUAUUGAUCUUGUUUUGACUGAAGUAGCCUUGCCAUAUUUAACAGGAAUUGGUCUCUUAUCCAAAAUUAUGAGUCAUAAGACGCAUAAAAAUAUUCCUGUGAUUAUGAUGUCAUCUCAUGAUUCUAUGAAUAUAGUAUUUAAGUGUUUAUCCAGGGGUGCAAUUGACUUUUUAAUCAAGCCUUUACGAAAGAAUGAGCUUAAAAACCUUUGGCAGCAUGUUUGGAGGAAAUGCCAUAGCUCUAGUGGUAGUGGAAGUGAAAGUGGUGUGCGUACUCAAGAGUCAUUGAAAUCUAAAAGUGGAGAACAUUUAGACAACAAGCAUGAUAAUUGUGAUGAAGAUGACAUUGGUAGCAUUGGAUUGAAUGCAAGAGAUAAGAGUGACAACGGAAGUGGCACCCAGGUCAUUAUUCUACAGAGUUCUUGGACCAAGAUGGCAGUUGAAGUUGAUAGCCCACGACCAAUGUCCCUUUGGGAACAAUUAGGUGAUCCACCUGUAGGUGGCACUUGUGCCCAAGUUAUACAUUCAAUGCCUAAAAUAAUUGCCAACAAUAAAGUGGUUACAAUGAAAGAUGGUGAGACACAAGAUAAUGCAUUGAACAUGGUGACAAGCAUAGAUUUGGAGAUGACAACAGCUAGAUCAACCCCAACAUUGCAACCUUAUAGACAACGAGAAGAAAUUCCAUCAAAUUUUGAUGCUUUUAACAAUAAUAAAAGCUCUAAUGAAAAGGAAAAUGUUUAUGAGAAGGGAGAAAAGGAACAAGUAGAGCAAUAUAGCUCUGCCAAAGAAUUAGUUGGAGAAUACAAAAAUCAAGCGAUUGGUGGUCCAGCAAGUAUUGAAAUUAACAUCAAUUCUAACUCUGAUCCUAUCUUAGAAAUACAAUGUUUGGAGAACCCAAAUGGAAUGGUCUCUAAUAAUGUAGAAGAUCAUAAGAAUACAUAUGGAAACAAGGAGGAAUUGCUUUCAUUUGAGUUCAAUUCAAAGAGUUUGAAUGGGACAGCAGCAGAUCUUGGAAGUAGUGUACAAGAUCACAAUGUCUUAAAGCAAUCACAUCAUUCUGCUUUCUCAAGGUACAACUCAGCAUCUCAUCAAGGUCCAACAGGUAAUGUUGGAAGCUGUUCACCCAUUAAUAAUAGCUCAGAGGCAGCAAAAACAGAAUCAGUGCAAGCCACGAGAACUUAUUUUAAUAGCAUGCCUCCCAAUAAUCUACCUUCCAAUGGAAGUAAUAACAACUAUGAACAAGAUUCCAGUUCAAAUAAUAAUUUCACCAAACCAUCUACAACCAUUAAUAAGCCAACACAAAAAGUAGCCAUCACAUGUAUCCAGCCAUCUUCAACAUCCCUCCAUCCUCUUCAAAACAUGUCUCUUCAACAUGCAGCUCAAGCAGAAAAUAGUGAUAAGCAGCAUAUGCAAGUGCAGCAUCAUCACCAUCACCACCAUUAUCAUCACCAUCAUCACAUGCAUAACAUGGUUACUCCUAAAUUACUCAACCAAAAUAGUCAACAGUCUCUACAAAUUAAGACAGCUGCUAUGCCAUCUCUUAAUGAAUCUUCAACUAGGAAUGGGAGUGCCUCUAAGAGUCACCAUGGGAGCAAUGUUGAUCCAGGGAAUAAUGUUGCAGGAAAACUAGGAAACUUCCAGGAGCAUGAUGAUAAUAAUAGAAUAGCUGAGAAAGAGGACACAACUAGUUUAAUAAGACUUGAGGCUCCAAAUAUAACUAUCCAGAAUCGAUUUGCACAAAGAGAGGUGGCUUUGAACAAGUUUCGUCAAAAGAGGAAAGAGAGAUGCUUUGAGAAAAGGGUUCGCUACCAAAGCAGGAAGAAACUAGCAGAACAAAGGCCUCGAGUCCGCGGACAAUUUGUGCGACAUGCAAUUGAUGAAAAUAAAGAAAAAUAAUGACAAAGUUCAACUCUUUUGGUGAAGGCAUUUGGAGAACAACCUCGCUCCUUAAUUCUUCCAACAAUCAUCUUUAUUAUUAGUUGUCCUCAUUGGGAGAAUCAUCUUUUAAUUUCCUGUUACGGUGUUGGUUUGAUACUUGUGCUUCAUAACUAUCAUGAUUUUAAGACCUUUUCAUGGGGGAACUAUAUAAAAAGACUUACUAUCUAGUAUGUGUGAAACUCCAUGUGACCUAUAUUAAUUGUUGUUAUCAGACAGAUGAUGGUAUGCUUAAUUAUUGUAGACUUGUCUUUAAUAACAUCAUGGAUUUUAAGUGUGCCUAUGCAUGAACUAAGUUGAAGACUUGAAAUGUUUGUUGAUGUUAUGAUGAUAUGAAAACUCUUUUUAAUAA